AGGAGUAGGUGGAGAAGAAAGCCACAGGGUUGGAGGUGUCCACGCAGUUAAAGCUCGUCACCUGAACACCCGAAGUAUUUGUGAGGUGUCGGAGAACAAGUACGAGCAGCGUGCAGCAUCUUUCAGGCGGAGGCAGGAGGGCAGGCAGCUUCCAGGAUAGUGAACGAUGCAUUUGCUCAGGUGUGGCAAUCAUGGGGGUGAGGGGAAUGCAGAAAACUGUUCUAGCCACCAAUGAAAAGAGAAGAGGCCUGGCUCAUCUACCGUCGCCCGAGACCGGUCACGCUCCUAGCCUCGGGGGUCAGAUAUCUGCAGCUUCAGCAGGGCUCUCCUCCCUUCAGUCUUCUUGGGCUUCCAGCUGCGAGCAUGCGCAUGCUCACACGCCAGGGAGCCCACACGCCAGCAGGUCCUUCAGCACCUUGGCUUCGCAAACUGCUGUCUCUUUCCUGCUUCUUCCCCGGCGCCGGCCUCCGACGCAUGCCCCUCCCCCUCGCAGGAGUAUCGGGAAUUUCUAUGGACGUCUCUUUUUUUAUGGAAGACGCCCCUGCGUCCCCUGGCUGGCUGCGUGCCGCGGGGUCGACUUGGCGUGUGGCUGGAGAGGCGGGACUUCCUGUCCCGCGCUCUCUCGUCUUCCGGCUAGAGCCGGAAGACCCCCCCGCUCCUGAAAGGAGUCAGAAAUUCCGGGACGGGAAGGUGAGAGAUUCCGUAUCGUUCCGGGGGAAUCAGAAGGUGGAAUCACCUUGCUCCAGCGCCAUGGGUGUGAUAGGUAUACAAUUGGUUGUUACCAUGGUGAUGGCCAGUGUCAUGCAGAAGAUCUUACCUCACUAUUCUCUUGCUAGAUGGCUUCUUUGUAAUGGCAGUUUGAGAUGGUAUCAGCAUCCUACUGAAGAAGAAUUACGCCUUCUUGCAGGAAAACAACAAAGGGGAAAGAGCAAAAAAGAUAGGAAAUAUAAUGGUCAUAUUGAAAAUAAGCCUCUAACCAUUCCAAAGGAUAUUGAUCUUCAUCUAGAAACAAAGUCAAUCACAGAAGUAGAUACUUUGGCGUUGCAUUAUUUUCCUGAAUAUCAGUGGCUGGUUGAUUUCACUGUGGCAGCUACAAUUGUGUAUCUAGUAACCGAAGUCUACUACAGUUUGAUGAAACCUACACAGGAAAUGAAUAUCAGCAUUGUCUGGUGCCUUCUUGUUUUGACUUUUGCAAUCAAGGUACUAUUUUCAUUGACUACACACUAUUUCAAAGUAGAAGAAGGUGGUGAAAGAUCAGUUUGUGUCACCUUUGGAUUUUUUUUCUUUGUCAAAGCCAUGGCAAUCUUGAUUGUUACGGAAAACUACCUAGAAUUUGGACUUGAAACAGGUUUUACAAAUUUUUCAGAAAGUGCGAUGCAGUUUCUUGAAAAACAAGGUUUAGAAUCCCAGGGUCCUGUGUCUAAGCUUACUUUCAAAUUUUUCCUGGCUAUUCUAUGUUCACUUAUUGGUGCUUUUUUGACUUUCCCUGGGUUGCGGCUGGCUCAAAUGCAUCUGGAUGCGCUGAAUUUGGCAACAGAAAAAAUAACACAAACAUUACUUCACAUAAACUUCUUGGCACCCUUAUUUAUGGUCCUGCUGUGGGUAAAACCAAUCACCAAAGACUACAUUAUGAACCCACCCUUGGGUAAAGAAAGUGUUCCUUUAAUGACAGAGACUACAUUUGAUACUAUGCGACUCUGGUUGAUAAUCCUGCUGUGUGCUCUGAGGUUGGCUCUGAUGCGCAAUCAUCUGCAGGCUUACCUGAAUUUAGCCCAGAAGUGUGUGGAUCAGAUGAAGAAGGAAGCUGGCAGAAUAAGUACCAUUGAUUUACAGAAAAUGGUGGCGAGAGUGUUUUAUUACCUUUGUGUAAUUGCCCUGCAGUAUGUGGCACCUCUGGUCAUGCUGCUCCACACAACCCUGCUUUUGAAAACGCUAGGUAAUCAUUCCUGGGGGAUCUAUCCCGAGUCUAGUUCUGACUCUUCAGUGGAGAACCAUUCAUUCUCUGGUUCUGUUUACUCUGAAUCACCAUCUCCUGAUGACAAAAUGAAAGUAACUGUUACCCAGAUAACAACAGCCUUGGGCAGCUUAAAGACCAUCUUUACUCCUCUGCUUUUCCGAGGGCUCUUGUCAUUUUUGACUUGGUGGAUUGCUGCUUGUCUCUUUGCCACAAGCCUUUUUGGACUUUUCUAUCACCAGUACCUAACUGUGGCCUGAACUAAUCAGCUAACAAAGACAAUGACAGCACAAAGAUGUUGAAGGCAACCUACUUUGGAAUCUGUGUGCCUUUGAAGAAAGGACUGAAGGAAAUCAGAAGAAAGGAAGAAAGGCUGAAGAAAAAUACAUAUCAUACAAGUAGCUUCUUUUUUUUUUAAUGCUUCCUCUGUCUUCUCAGGGUGAAUUAAUGUUUUAAUAUUUAAAAUCACAAAUUGUUUUGUUAAUUUUAUUAUCUAAAUAAUAGGUAAGUAACCAUUGAAUUGUGGCAGUGGAACUGUGACUUUUUUUCUUUAUCUAUAGAUAAAUGUGUAUAUCUGGUUAUAUAUGUGUAUGUACUCACAUAGCUGUGUGUGUGUGUGUGUGUGUGUGUGUGUGUUUUACACAUUCACUGAUGUGAGAGGGCUAUUUAAAUGCUUGUGAUCACCUUGGUUUACAGAAAUACCCAGCUGUCCUUGAAAAUUUCAUUUAUGACUUCAGUCAUUGUCUGAUGCCUUUUAGUGGUAUUAAGGUACUGGUAAUAUUCCUGGUGGCUGCCUAGAGAACAAUCUUGAAACUGAGCCAUAAUUGGGGGGAGACAAGGGAAAAAAAUAAACUUCUGUUGGAACUGUAUUAGUUGUUCUUCCAGAUGAGUAACAGCAACUACAACAAAUCCAACAGGAAGGAAGAAACAGCUGCUGUAUAUUACAGCAAAGGAAGCUGUAGAGUAUUUUAAUUUAAUGGAUAUGUAAGUGCAUAAUAUCAGCAAGUAUUGCUGCCUGAGCAUAGCAGGAAUUGUUAUUUUAAAAUGUACAUUGUCUCAGUCUCUGCAAUUCUUUAAAAAAAAAAACAAAUGGCUGUAUGAGUAAUUGCUUUUAGCAGCUUGCUGCUAGGAUUAGAUCUCACAAAUUUGGGUGGACUUCAAAAUCUGUCUUAUUCUAUAAUACUGAAAAGAUUUGUCUGAAAUCACUAUAAAAUAUUUAUCAACACUGAUCAAACUUUUAAAAAUACUUUUAAGACCUGCUGAAUGCAUGUAUUGUACAUAUUAUAUAAUAACUAUAUAAUAUAUUGGAGCUAUAAAAGAUGAACCUAGAGAAAUCUUAUUUAAAUUGCUGAUUGUAUAUCAAAAUGUGAUUGAAUGGAGGUGCAUAUGUGUCUAGAAGUUUCAAGUUUUUUGGAUAAAAUUAAAAGUCAUUUUUGAAAGUUCAGCAGAAAGCUUUUGAUUUGUACUGCCUUUACAAUACUUAGAUUCUUAAAUGUUUUGGACUUCUUAGUUGGAAAUUCCAUAGAUUGUAAUUUGUAUUGUCAUUUCUUGUGUUUCCCAGAGUAAAGGCUUCAGUAUCCUUUGUGUAUGACCAGUAAAUAAGAGUUUCAUUUGAAUAUUUAUAAUUACAUCUUCUCAAAAGAAAUAGGGUUUUUUAAAAUGGCUUAUUCUGUAUUUUCAGAAGCAAGGAAUACUAUUUGAUACAUUUUGAUUUAGUUAGGUUGUUUUGUUUUCUAAUGUACACAUACAAAUACACAUGAACGUGAUGAAUUUCCACAUUAAAAAUGUAAAAUUCAGUUAGGAAGAUUUACAAAGGGUGUAACUACAAAGUAAUAUGGUUAUUUUUUUAAAACAACUUUAAAAGAACUUAGACAUCUAAAUAAGUGUUUUCACUCCUAGCAGCCAUUGAGGCAGGUCUGUGUUCCAACAGUGCUGCUAUUGCUCAGAUUAUUUCUACAGUUCUUUUUUUGGAAUCAUCUUCAGAGCUGGUGGUCUGUUCUUUUGAUACUCUUAGAGAUGUCAAAGUUCCACCUUUACUAGUAGCUUUGAAUUGGUAAACAGCCAAAGGUCAUUUGGAACUAAGCCUGAUGAAUAAAGUAGGUAACCAACCAUGAGCAUUACUGUUUGGGUCCACAAUACGAUAUAACUAUGAAGUAGUAAAAUUGAUUUACUUGUGUAUUUUAUAAAGGGCUCCUGAAACCAGUUCCUAUGAGAGAGUUCCAAAAUUAUUCAUUGAGGAGUAACAGUAUUAAUGACAUAAGCAUGUAGCUUCCCUAGGCUUUGUGGAAGGCACAUUGAUUUAGAUGUGCUACAUAUGUUUUAUAAAAUACCAGCCCUAUUACUUUAUAGUCAUGUCUCAUGUCUCUCUUUCUAAAUGUCAUUGUGGGUUUAGGGAUAAUUCCUUGUGUUUGUUGAACUAAACUGCCAUAUUUAUGCUAUGUGUACAUACAUGUGUAUUAGCAUGUGAGUGUGUAUAAAUAAGGAAAUGUAAUUGAGUGGUUCUGAAUUAUAUGAGCAUAAGUAGAUUUUGUUGUUGCUUUUCACAAUUUUAAGUUCUUACCAAAGGCAUUACUCUUCAGUGUUAUAAAAGUACACAAAGAAGAUAAGAUCUAUUCAUAAAUUGAAAGUACAUUUCAUAUAACAUCCUCAUUAUUUCAGAUGGAUAUGUAUAAUUCUAAAAAAAAUUUUAAAGGAAUUUUGUACCAAAUUUCUAAGCCACAAAUUUUGCACAGUUUGCAAAUUUCUUUAAGCAAUAGUAUCUCUUCAGUUCUAGAAUAGUUUUUUUUGUGGAAUCGUUUUGAGACUAGACAAAGGAUACCGAUUGCUAACUAGAAAGUUUUCAAGGGAUUGUAGCAUGAAGUAUAUAGUGGGGGGCUGAAGAGGUGGAGUGUUUUUCUUAAAGAAGCUUCAGAGUUAACUACAUUUUUAUUUCUGGAGCAUAAUUUAAACAGAUAAUGCAAGUUAUUAGAUUCUUUUAAAUUUCUUGAUUUCCUUUGCCUUUUUUUAAAACCUCUACCAGACUUUUUUAUUGCCUUUUACAUGCCAAAUGGAUUAGUUAUUUUUUUUGUUACUCAAUUGUGUGUCCCAUAUUGAGUAGAAACACUUAAAAUCUUACAUUGUAUGACUUAAAGAAAUUUUUCCUGUCAUCUCAAGAAAUUUCAACAAAUACAUAAAACAAAAGUGCAUAUAAAGUGAAUGAUUCAUUUUUCAUCUCUGAUGUAAAUUGACAAUAAAAUAGCUGCAUUUC